AUGAAACAAUUAUAUUCCAUGGUUAUUGUACUUCUGUUGGUGCUAUCUCUUUUCAAUUUCAGGGUUGAUGGUUGUGAAGGGGAUCAUGAUGGCGAAGACGGUGGCAGAGAAGGCGGCGGAUAUGAUAGUGGAAGUCAAGGCAAUUGUAACAAUAAUUCUAAUGAUUCAGGGACUGGUGGCGGCGGCGGCGGAGGCGGUGGAGGAGCAGGAGGGUCUGGGGGAUAUGGUGGAGGCUAUGGCUUUGGAGGUGGCAACUCUGGUGGAGGAGGGGGUGGUGGUGGUGGAGGAGGUGGCGGAGGUCGUGGGUGA